UUGGGACUCAACAUAUAAUUCUAAUUAUAAUCUGGUACAGUCAAAGUCUGGGAGACGUCAAGAUGUUUCUAGAUAUCCUUAUCACAGAGGAUAUUUGUGGGCCACGGAGAUUGGAUAUCCUAAGUUACAUGCUGACAUAGCAGCAGGAGGGUUUGGAGGUGUUGGUAUUUCUGGUAUCAAACUGUAUGCACGAGCAAAGUUUGAUCUUGUGGUCUGGAAAAGAACUUACACUGCACUUGACAUAAUGUUCUCAUACGUGAGAGACUUCCCAGACCAAAACUCUGUCAGCACUUUGAAAUACAAGCAUUUCAUUAAGAUAGUUGGUUACACACUCUUGAAUAACGAACAUUCCACUGCAGAGGCGUACAAGUACACUCGCUCAUGGCAAAGGGCAGUUACUCUUUUCAGAGUAAAUUUUAGAUUCUUUAUUAUUUUAACAACUCUGGAUAUCACUUUCAGUGGCCAUUUAUCUGGACAAAUGAAGUUCAAUGCAUUCAUUGCACGUUUUGAUAAUAAUGUUAAUAUGAAGGCAUCAGCAAUGCUUGAGACAGGACCUACUCUAACUGUUAGAGGAGAGGCUUCUAUUAGAUUCUUUGGAAAAUUAGGCAUGGAAGUCUCAGCCUCCAUAACCUAUCUCAUUGACCCAAAAGCUUCAACCACACUCUGUGGCUCAUCAUCACAGGAUGCUAGUACAUGCUUUGAAGUAUAUGGUACAACUAAAGGAAAUAUUGCUGUUGAGGCAUACAGGCAGUCUAGGAAAAAGUCUUGUAAACAGUGGUUUAAGUGCAAGAAGUCUUGGGGAAGAAAGAAGAUAUAUCAUAAACUAUCACGUACUUGGAGCCUUGUAAAUAGAAGAAAGAAAUUGUUUGGGCUGUGUUAUACUUGUAAUUGUUACGGAAGGCAUUUCCUCAAUGUCCUUUGCAAGGGUAGCCAGUAUGGAGCCUCACGAUGUUCCUGUUCAAUAAAAAGCUCAAAAUGAUAAUUAUUUUUCAAUCAUCAUUGAAAACUGAUGUCAUCAUUUUUAAUGGACUCCUCUUUUUUUUGUAGUUGAGUUUAAUUAAGCUUUUUAUUAGUGUAGCAUAGUUAUAAGCUUUUUCAUUUUUUUGAGUGAACAAUGAAUCACAAA